ACUUGUCGGAGGGUGUACAAAAUAUUAUUAUCAAAGCAACAAAACUAUACAAUAGUAUAUAAAAGGCCUUCAACCAUCUCCCAGAUGUAUCUUGAGUCGAAACUCGGCCUGCCCCCUCCCGUGCUUUUUCCUUUUCUUUUGAAGAAAACAUCAUAUUUUAGGGCGUCACUGGAGGGAUGUCAAAGCCAGCCACUAACGAAUAACUAUAGAGGACAACCUAUAAUAGAUGGCAGCAAUGGCUCAGAUGAGGGCGUGAGCACUAAUCCACCAAAUUACCCAAAGAGGAUGUGACUCUCCUCUAAGCGACGUCUGCCCAGAACCAAUAGAAACCACUUGAACAAAUCAACCAAGGGUCAUCGUCCCAUAUGAUACGUUCUCCUAAGGGCCUGUGAUCAUAGUUCAUUUGACCUGGCGGCGAGACGUACAUUAGUCUUUGCGUCCUGGUCCCUAAGCAAAUAAACCCUGUGAGCAACUUAAACAAACCAAUUAAGAUUUCCUAGUUUCUUUUUUUUUUCCUUUUCAUCUAACUGAAGGAGCCACUCUAACAAAUCAAUCAAGAUUUCUUAGAUUCUGUUUUUUUUUUGGUAAAUUAAAGUGAUUCAAGGAACAAAACUAUAUAAAUAAUAUAUAGAUAUAUAUAAAAACCUUUUAAGCAGCUCCCAGCUACGUACCAAGUGUCUUAGCUCGGCCCGUCCCCUUCCGUUAGUCACGGCCUGGACAGUCCU